AUGGGGAAAGCGACCACGUCAACUGCAGAGGGGGGCGCCACUCCUGUCCCUCGAACUCUUCAGCCUGAGAUCGAAGUGACAGCGUGGGAUCCGACGGAGGAGAACAAGAGAGCAAAGAAGCAUCGCAAGCCAGCUGCAAGGUCGUCGCGAAGGUCAAGCAGCGGCCCGUCCACGUCACCGGCGUUUCGGCGACAUGAGAAGAUUGCUUCACUGAAGGGCCUCUGGAAUAAAAAACUCAAAGGAAAGCUCCGCACUCAACAGAAGCUCAAUGACGAAGCGACGCGGCGACUCCGUACGACUGAGUUGUUGCUUCUUGAGGAAGAAGGAGGAUUGGAGGCAGAGGGCAUGGAAAAGACGUAUACACUUCCUCAGGAGGCGAUAGUUGAGCAGAUUGAUCUUGGCACUCGGGAAAAGAUUCUUUCCCUCGACCUCCCUUUUGGUCCCUACACCGUCGAUUUCUCGCGAAACGGCCGCCACCUCCUCCUGGGAGGCAAGAAGGGAUCUCUGUCUCUCCUGGACUGUCACUCGUUCCAGCCGCUGUGUGAUAUUAACGUCAAAGAGACCGUGCGGGAUGUGAAGAUCCUCCAUAACCACACCAUGUGGGCUGCAGCUCAAAAGAAAUACGUGUACAUUUACGAUCAACAGGGCAUCGAGCUUCACUGCCUGCGAGACCACAUGAUGACGUAUCGAAUGGAUUUCCUCCCUUACCACUACCUUCUUGUAUCUAUCGGCGAAUUCGGCGAACUGAUCUACCGAGAUAUCUCCACCGGUCAGGUCGCCGCGCGGCACAAGACUCGACGCGGCGCGUGCGACUGCAUGCGGCAGAAUCCCUCCAACGCGGUCGUGCACCUGGGGCACAUCAAAGGCACGGUCUCGCUGUGGACGCCGAACCUCGCAAAGCCCGCCGUCGAGCUUCUGUGCCACAACGGCCGCGUCACAAGCCUCGACGUUCACCGCGACUACAUGGUGACUGCAGGCGUCGACGGGUCCUGGAAGAUCUGGGACCUGAGAACAUACAAGGCGCUCCACACCUUCAAAUACUUCGGCUCGCCCCCGUCGUCUGCCCGAUGGAGCCAGACUGGCAUGCUCGGAUUGGGGUUCGGUCCCCAUGUGCAGAUAUGGAAGGGCGCGUGGAGUACAGCGAAGCCGCGGGCUCCGUACCUAACGCAAGAUUUCAUCAGCCAGCAAGUGGAGAGUCUGGCCUUCCGCCCCUUCGAAGACAUGUGCGCCGUCGGCUUGACAGGAGGCAUCGACACAGUCGUGGUGCCGCAGGCUGGAAAGGCCAACUUUGACACAUUCGAGGCGAAUCCCUACGAGACGGCGUCGCAAAGGCGAGAACGCGAGAUCCACUCGCUCCUCGAGAAGCUGCAGCCCGACAUGAUCACAGUGGACAAGUCUAGUCGCGUCGGAGCCAUCGACAGCGCGCCACGCGCAGUCAUUUCAGAGGAGAAGGAGCGUGAGAUGAGCGAGCGCGCGGCCCUGAAGAAGACGAAGAAGAAGACAAAGCAACGUGGCAAGAGUACAGCGGCCAAACUGCAAAAGAAGGCAACGCUUCAAUACAGCCAGAAGAUUCGCGAUCUCACAGCGAAGAGGCUAGAACGGGAGAAAUCCGCCGAGAAGGAGAGCAAACACGCAGCAAACAAGGCAGCCGGCAGUUUCAGCGCUCUGGACAGGUUCAGAAACAGGGAGAAGGCAUCCUACGGCUAA